CUGACUCCGGUGACGCAAAGCAGCGGGAAGUCGAAGGACGUCAAUCAUCUCACACAGCCCAGGCCAGGAACCGAGACCGUUCCGAGCACAGCCACCUGUUGUGUUGUGUCCUGCCUGCCUGCCCGCCCCCACCACCACCACAGCACCCCACGAGCGAGCAAGUGACAUCACCGGGGAAAAGUUUGAACUUUACUCAGUCAACCCAAACCUUGAGCUCAACGCACAUGAGUCACGAGUGACUCAUCAGGCAACUUGUCUCAUUGCAUCGUUGUGAUCAAGGCGAGAUCAUGUCAUUUGUUCCAUGGAAAUCCCAGACACUUCCUCAACUACGGAAAAACGAGUGUGGCGGGCGAUACUCCUUUUGAACAUUUUGGCAGGUUGGAACAGGGACUCAAACAACAAGCCCAAUCACAAACAAAGGAAAACACCCGGAACCCAAGUAGCGUGGGAGGGAGAUAGGUGACUCUCACAAAUAAGUGACGUUCAUCUGUGUUGGGAAUGGCCCAAUCUUACUCAGGUCAACCACCUGUGAAUCCUGUAAAUUGUCACCAUUGAAUUGACCUUUUGCUUUACAAGCAAUGGCGUCUUUCGCCCAAGAUCAAAAUCACCCUGUAGAAAUGACAUUUACUAGUUAUUUGCUCCAUUUAAGAGCAGGCCUUUAUCAUUUUGGUUUGUUUUAUCACAAGAAGUGUAAUUGGUUCCAAACCCACCCGCGAUUGGCCAACGUCCGCCAUGUCGACAAAAUAGAUUGUUACAAUAUCCAUCAAAUACUUUGAUGAACCUUGAUUGUAUUUUUUGAAACGCUUUUUUGUAAUCCUCAUAAAGUCCAUGUGACUUUCAGGAACAUUCUUAUUUACAGAACACAGGCCCAACAUCUGGGUCACACUCCGGCCCCAGCCUGAAUCUGCAGGGUAAAGCACUCACACACGCUCGGUUCCCUUUGCUGAGUUGUGCGCAAAGACUUUGGGUUAUCCCGAUGCUCAGCGCCAGCUCAACUGAAUUGAACACGCAGCGAGGCUUGCUUUGACGGCAGGCAAACAUGUGAGCUGCGAGUUGCUCCAAAUUGCCUGCUGUUUGGCCUUUAUCCUCGACCAACAUAUUACUGCACAUAUUCGUUGACGUACAGUCAAAAUCUUGCUUUGUCUGCGUGACUCUUUGGUACUGCCGUCUAGUGGCUGAAACACGCACAGGCCAAGGGCGCACACACACACACACACACACACACACACACACACACACCGUUUACUUUUUGACAUUAGGGCCUUACUUCGAUUAGGGCCUAAUCAUACGUGCUGUGCUUUCAUAAAGGACAGAAUAACAGAGUGACCAAAAAAUGAGUGAUGCAGAAAAACAUGAUCAAACUCCACAAGAAAAGCUACGAUGAAUAAAUUCAAAAUCAUUUGGGAAGUUCAUUUUCACACUGGAAGCUUUGAAACAUUAGCAGUACAUUAUUUAUUUUGUGUGGCAUGAUUAUUAUAGGCUCUUUGGGAAAAGUUCUCAAUUGAAAUGAAACGUGAGUUUCAAUUGGCCUGUUAGUAAAAGGGAGAUGGCUAAGACGGAGUGCGUGCGUGAUGUGUGUAAAAAAAAUAAAAAAAAAAAGUUUGUAAAAGACCCGCCCCCAGAUGAGAGCAUGUGCAUGAUUAACGUGUUCAGCUUACCCACCACGGAGAGUCAAAUUCCCUCAGCCCACAACAGAGCAGCGGCAACAGCAGAAGACCAGAGCAGAGCAGAGCAGAGCAGAGCAGAGCAGCGCUGGUGCUGGUGCUGGUGGCGCUUGUUUGCGGUCCGAUCGCAGCAGCACCAUGGCUGCGCUGGUGAGCCUCGACCUCCCUCUUUUCCUCCUCCUGCUCGGAUGCUCUCACGGCGGCCUACAGGAGCAGAUCAGGAGCGGCUGCAAGAAAUGGACGCGAGUGCUGAGUGAGGUUUGCUGUGACGAGUGUCACCCGGGCAACCGGCUGGUGUCGCCCUGCGGCGCCGACCCCGGCAAUCUUUGCACUCCUUGUGAGAGCGGGACAUACAGCCAGAAGGCCAAAGACUACAAGUGCUCCAGGUGCACUCAGUGCGAAGGGGCGCAGGUUCUGCUGAAGGCGUGUUCGGCCACCGGCGACACGCUCUGCGGCUGCAAGGAAGGGCUGCUGUGCGGCGACGAGCGCUGCUCCUUCUGCCGGAAAAAGUGCGGCAAAGGCGAGGAGCCCGCUGACAAACGUUCUUGCAGAACGUGUGCGAACGGAACCUUCAACGACCAAAUCCAUCAGAAGUGCAAGCCCUGGAGUACCAGGUGUCCUGGUCCGGACCAAAUGGCAGCCGGCGGCGAUGCCUUCAGCGACAUCAUGUGCGCCAACGUUUCGCGCAGCAAUCGGAAAGAACAGCCCGGCGCGGAGCAGGCCAGGCUGCCGGACUGGCCAGUGUUGACGGGCCUGUGUCUGAUGGCCUCGAGCGUCGCUCUCGUCGUCGUCAUCGGCGUGUACCGCCGCGAGAGAAACAAGAAGACGACGGCGGUCCAAACGGCCCGAGUUCCUGUCGAGAGCACAGAAGAGCCCAACACACUCAUCGCAGUUGAAUGCAGUUUCCACGAAGCCCAGGAAGAGCAGGGAAGCAGCUCGCAGUCUUCAGCCUCCAAAGACUGCUGGCAGCAACUGGUGGUGUGAAGGAAAUCAAAUUUCUACACUCGACGGAAGGAAGAAGAAGAAGAAAAGAAAACAAGACCCCUGUUGGGUCCAUCUUCUUGGGAUGUGCUGCAACCUUCUGUUGAGGGUGGGACAUUUCACUCAGUCAAGACUUGCAGACAAAAGCUGCCGCUCUGUGUCCCAUGAGACGGGUGGGGGUGGGGGGCGUCCUGCUAAGAAUUGCUCUUUCUUAGCAAUUGUUGUUGGGUUUUGCUGCACCGGUCCUCGUGAAAUAUGUAUGGGGGGGUAAAAAAAAAAAAAAGAAAAGGAAAAAAAAAAAGACCAUGUAUCUCUUCCCAGGUGCCAGGCUAGACUUGGACUUUUGGGUAUUUCCCAAUUUCUUUCCCAUGAUUCCACCCCUCCGCGACAGGGGGCAUAUCAUGAAUCUUCAUUUGCAUGGUCUGAAGAAUGUUUUGCUUUCCCUUUGGCGCCUCCAAAACCAAAAUGCCAGCUCCGCCACUGUUAAGUUGGGCUUUCUCGCCCACGCGUACUCUUUCAUUGUGCGUAUUGGUGUCGAAGUUGGGCUUUUGCGAUGACGUUGCGUGCAAGCUGCGACUGGCUCCAAAAUGGGCCGGCCAUGGGAUUGCAUCCAAGAUGACUGCGUGGAUUUUGCUUUCUCACCAAGCGCCGCCUUUGUGACCAUGGCUGAACGCAGAUUGUUCUCCAUCGUUGCCAUUUCAAGGAAACUCAAGGUGACGUAGACUGCCGCGGCUAAACCACACGUGGAAGGAAAGAGGACAUCCUGUGCUUGGUAUUUUGCUGACUGACAUUUGAGCGCAUGCCACCGUGGGCAGCGACGACAUCACAGCGAGGGACUUUUCUUCCAAUGAGCAUUUCUUCUGACUUCCCGUCUCGCAAGUGAAAUAAAAAGUCCCGAGUUGGUGACAAAUAUAGGAUGACAAGCUUGUCCCAAAGUAUGUUUGGGCCUUUUUCACACAUCUUUGCCUACUCAAAUCCCCCUGGUUCAUCUGUUCUCAGGCUGCCAUUUACAUGAAACAAUCUCACAAAUCCAGACGUGCAUGAACGUGCUGCUGUAUUCAAGCAAAUAUUGUGAAAGACAAGCGACAAAUAAUAGAAAAAUAACAAUGCCAUUUUCAUGUUAAAAAAAAAAAAAAAAAAGGCUCAACUAUUUUUGUGCUGUAUGCUAAAGAAACAAAAACAAAGUGGCCCCAAAACGGGAUACAAGCCGCCAUUCAAGCCAUUUUGGACUUGCAAUAUGAGCGCUUCACGUUGGCAGCUAACUCAAGUCAA